AUGAUCAUCAACAGUGUUGCUGGAACAGGAAAAAGUUAUCCUAUAGCUGCUGUAAGAGAAAAGGACAAAUGUGUAAUAACAGCCACUACUGGUAAAGCAUCAUUUAAUAUUAGUGGAGUGACAAUUCAUUCUCUUCUGAAGCUUCCAGUAAAUUAUAAAUAUCAGAAAGAGCUAUCAGGGCAAUCUCUUGCAAUGUUGCAAGAUCGUUUGGCCAGUAUUGAAUACAUUUUAAUCGACGAGUAUUCCAUGUUAGGUCAGAAAUCUUUUGGCUGGAUUGACAGACGAUGUAGACAAGCAACUGGUUUACAUGAACAAAUAUUUGGCGGAAAAUCAAUUAUUCUUAUUGGUGACCCUGGUCAAUUGCCCCCAGUAUGUGAUAAACUGUUAUACCAUAAUAAACCAAGUAACUCAAUUGCUGAACAAGGAUAUUAUGCUUACCAAAUGUUUGACAAAGCGAUAGUACUGACAGUUAAUAAAAGGGUGGGUGGUAACAGUUCAGAUCAGCAAAAAUUUAGAGAUUCACUUUUUCGACUGCGAAAUGGAGAUUCUUCUGAAGAUGACUGGAAGUUGUUAUUAACUAGGCAACCAAGUGAAGUCAUGCAAAUCAUCAUUAUCGUCAUGGCAACAUCUUUAUGUACCUGUAAAGGAGCUUCCGUCGUUUAA